AUGCUUUCUGGAUUUGAGAAACAUGUCUUAAUCACGGGAUGUGCAGGGUUUAUUGGAUCCCACUGUCUCGAGUACUUUAUUGAUAAAUAUCCUCAUUAUCAUUUUACUGGCAUCGAUAAAUUAAAUUAUGCAUCCAGUUAUAGCACCAAGUAUCUUACUAACAUAUUAAAUAAUAAAAACUUCACAUUCAUAGAGAAGGACCUUUCAGAAGAAUUUGACUUUUUAUUUAACUUGAUAGUUAACAGUGCACAAAUUGACACUAUUAUUCAUAUUGCUGCCGAGUCAUGUGUUGAUAGAUCAUUCACUCAGCCUUUAUAUUUCACAAGAAAUAAUGUACUAAGUAGUCAAAACUUACUUGAAUGUGUCAGGUUAGCAAAAUCCCAGAACCAGAAUCUUCCCAUCCAAUUCAUUCACGUUUCGACAGACGAAGUCUAUGGUGAGCAAAGGAUAAAUGAGUCAGUGGAUGAAAAAGCGUCUCUAAAUCCUACGAAUCCAUAUGCCGCUUCAAAAGCUGCAGUAGACAUAAUAGCGCAAGCCUACAAACACUCCUAUAAUAUACCUUUAAAAAUAGUCAGGUCUAAUAAUGUUUAUGGGCCACGUCAGUAUCCUGAAAAGAUUAUUCCCAUGGCAAUGCAGUCGUUGUGCGAUAGACGAAAGAUAAGGAUUCACGGUAAUGGAUCUAAUAAACGAAAUUAUUUACAUGUCAGUGACUUUGUUAGGGGAUUAGAUCUUAUUUGGCAUUCAGAAUCAAUCGGGGAAGUAUUCAAUCUUGGCAACGAAGAAGAAAUAGACAACUUAUCUCUUGUGAAGUUGAUCUGUGAAAUUUAUUUUGAUGACAAAACAAUAGACUAUAAAAAAUUCAUCACAUUUGUAAAAGAUAGAGAAUUCAAUGAUGCAAGGUAUUCGCUUAAUUUAAAUAAACUUAAAAUGCUAGGAUGGAAACCUGAAAUUGAUUUAAAAGGAGGAAUUGAAGAAUUGGUGAAAGAAUAUAGAUAG